CGUGACAAAAAGCAAGUUUGAGCUGGGUCUGGAGCGAUGACGUCAAGAUGAUUACAGCAUUCAAAUGCGACCAACCUCUUUAUCCAGUUCUUUUCUCUACCUGAACUCAUUUUUAAUCCGUAUCACUCUCAUUUUUUCAUAGCAGAUAAUAAUAUCAAAGUCGAUCCCGGACUUAUAUAUACUUUGUUAGCAAGUGAACCGGACCUUUGUACGAGGACAAGUCGUAUCGUCGAGUCAACCGUCAUCUUUGUGCCAUCCUUUACAGUCACCAUGUUCAAAAGACUCGCAUCAAUCAGCCAACAAGCCCAAUCUGCCAGUCGGGUAGUGCAACGCCCCCUACCCCAGCUGCGAACACCUUUCGUCCAACCCACCCCAGCCGCAAGUACAACAGUCCAAUUCAGCACCCACCCCGCCCUCCACACAACCAAGAGAGACGCCGGCUUCAGUCACAGCGAAGACUUCGAUCGCACUGCGCUAGACCCUAAGCGCAACGAGGGCACAAAGUCUGGUACGGACAGUGAAGUCGCGCAGCACGGUGCGGCGUACGAUCCCAGCCGGACGUCGCCGGAAAGUGAGAUGGAGGGGAUGGAGGAGGAGACACAAGCAGAGGGGGGACCGGCGAAUCCGUUGGAUGUGAGUGGUGCGAACCAAGAAGUGAACCAGUCGCGGGAUCCGAGAGAGGGGAUGGCAGAUCGGAAUGCGGAUAGAGAGGGGCAUAGCACGAGAGGGGUUACGCCGAAGGGGCAUAAGGUUAAGACUAGGCCGUCGCAAUAGAUUGCUUUGUGGGGAGUGACGAUGGUAUUGGACAUGUAUGACAUGUAUUAUAACGCAGUGUUUGUUAAGAGUUCAUA